CCGUCCAUCCAACACACCUCCUCUCUCCCCUCUCUGAUCCCCGUGGUGCUCCCGGGGUUGACACGGGAGACAAAACCCGCGGAGAGGACUAUGAAUGGUAAAGGACCGAGGAGGCCGAGGGAGAGCAAAAAGGAGGCGGUGAGCCUUUGUAGUCGGAGAGGAAUGCGGAAAUGUCCCCGCUCCGUGUCAAACCUCUCUGAAGGGGGUCAGGCCACAUUCAGCCGGCGUGGGAAAGCCAGGCAGAGACGGAGCUCACACAGGCGAGCGGGGCUGCAGUUGCAUGGGCCUAUCCGGGGAUAUAAGGAAGAAACAAGAAGAAGAAAGAGAGGGGAAAAUCCAAAGAAGAGCGUGGUUUUGGAGGGCUGUAUCACGCGUUUGCCUUUGUCCUAUGACCCCCCCGCAACUCCCUCCACGCUACACCCCCUUCCCCUCCACACCCCCACCCACAAAGUUGCAGUGAGAGUGCGUGUGUGAGUUUUCGUUCAGCCCCCCCACCAUCUCCUCUUCCACCUCCUACUUCUCCUCCUCCUCCUCCCUGUUUGAGUGUCUCUCUGCCUGGUGUAGUCAGAGGGAUGGGGGGUUAGAGCCUGCACCGUCCAACUACCUGUGUGGCCCCCGCAUGGAGGACAGUGGACAGUGAUGCGUUUGAUGCAGGACAUUUUAUCCGAGACGCGAGUGUCUCCACAACGUUUUAUUGGACAUGCCGACGUUACGACAUUUUAUUGACAACAUAAACUAAGGAGGACAUGAGUUGCUAUGCGUAAUAGGAGGAGGAGUGGAAGUUCGGACGCAACGGGGCUCUUGUGUUGUUAGUCGGAAUAAAACAUGAUGACAGCCUGUUAUUGCUUACCUGGAGCAACAUUUGAACAGAUUUGACAAAGAUGGUGUCUUCCUCCAUCUGUGUCUCCCUGUCAUCUAGGCAUUGUAUGUGCCAACUUUUUUCUGUGAAUAUGCCUUUGUGAGAAACUCUCUGGCUCGUCACCCUCGCCGGGAUUCCCCUCAAUAUUUUCAACAAGAGACGAGGAACAAAACACAUCUGCAAAAAUGGACAGAGAAAGUGCUGGGACUCGAUAUGAGCCUGUGGCCGAGAUUGGAGAAGGCGCUUACGGGAAAGUUUACAAGGCGAGAGAUUUGAAGAACGGGGGACGCUUUGUAGCUUUGAAAAGAGUUCGAGUCCAGACGGAGGAAGAGGGGAUGCCUCUCUCUACCAUCCGGGAGGUGGCGGUACUGAGGCAGCUUGAAGCCUUCGAGCACCCCAAUGUUGUCAGGUUGUUUGAUGUGUGUACAGUGUCUCGGACUGACAGAGAAACCAAACUCACUCUAGUCUUUGAGCAUGUGGACCAGGACCUGACCACCUACCUGGAGAAGGCCCCUGACCCCGGGGUACCACCUGAGACCAUAAAGGAUAUGAUGUACCAGCUUCUCCAGGGGCUGGACUUCCUGCACUCACACCGCGUGGUUCACCGUGACCUAAAGCCGCAGAACAUCCUGGUCACCAGCGCAGGACAGAUCAAACUGGCCGACUUCGGCCUCGCUCGCAUCUACAGCUUUCAGAUGGCGCUCACUUCUGUGGUGGUGACAUUGUGGUACAGAGCGCCCGAGGUGCUGCUCCAGUCCAGUUAUGCAACACCAGUGGACCUGUGGAGCGUCGGCUGCAUCUUUGCUGAGAUGUUCAGGAGAAGACCGCUUUUUCGAGGAAACUCUGAUGUUGAUCAGCUGGGAAAGAUAUUUGAUGUCGUCGGGGUACCUUCAGCAGAAGACUGGCCCCAGGAAGUGGCCCUACCACAGAGUGCCUUCACCCCCCGGCCCCCUAAGCCAAUAGAGGACUUGGUGCCAGACAUGGAUGAACAGGGACGCGCCCUCCUAAUGCAAUUCCUCGCCUUUAACCCUUCCAGGAGGAUAUCGGCCUUCGCAGCACUGAGCCACCCCUAUUUUCAAAGCGUGGACAGCCUCAGUAGAAGUGUGUACGCGGCCCAGCCCAUCCCCAGCAACAAGCCCACCAUGGAGGAGAGGAGCGCCUGAUAGUCCUCCUUCACCCUUAGUCAUCCCAUGCAGUGUCUAUAAGAAGCAUUCACAGCCCCCUUCCCCCCCACCCCCACCUUGGUGUUUUUCAUGUUUCAUUGUUUUCACAGUGUUUAAUCAAAGCUUGUUCGACACUGAUCCACACGUGACUCUUGAUCGUCAAAGUGAAAAUGAAAGUUUACAAAUGAAUAGAUAACAAAGUGCUACAAGCAGCAGCUUUGCACAUAUGAUAGUCCAGCUUUCCUUCAUUCUUCUCUGCACAUAUGCUGCUACAAAGACUCCAACUGCUCCAAUUUGCUACAACAUGAUGAUAACACCAAGACAAGGCUUCGAGUCAGCUUUAUGUUGUUGCUCAGGAAGCUUAGUUUUGCCAUGAUAGCCCUCUUUUAACCCUACUUGUUUUUGUUUUGAAACAACCAAAAUGUCAUCAUAAAUUUGACCAGUUUCUUUCCCUCCAGCAGUUAGCCUGAAGCUAGAUUUGUGACCUGAGAAGCUCAUAGUCAAGAAUAUAUUCCAAUUUCCAAAGUGCAAUGUGUUGAUCCCUGCCGUUAAAGGUGCACAUAGCUGAAAAUCCCUAUUUUUUUUCCCCCAUUGGUGGUAGCUGGUGUACAUAUUUUUAAGCUUUAAGCUUUAAGCUUGGUUGGUUGAACUAUGGAGAAGUACAUUAAAGUUUGAAGGGGUUAUAUUGAAGCUGUUAAGUAGAUCCAUUUGUAUUGAUUGCUUUUCCUUUGACUUUAGAAGACAUUUGUUUUGUGUAAUCAGUGUCAAAAAAAAGAAGCUUUGUGAUUCUGUGUUUGUACAAACCAUGGAAUGCACCAAGGGGGGGCAAAGACUUUUUAAAGUCAGUGAACAAAACUCAUGGAACGAAAAAAAGGCGGUCAAGAUAAUGUCAAAAACAAUGACACCAAACUCUCACGCCCCCCCCCCACCCUCGAAAAUGCACAAAAGCUAUCCUCCCAUGAACUGAUAAGAGUGUAUUUGCUGCUUUUAGGUUGUUAAAUGUUGAUUAAUGACUGUAAACAAUGCAAAGAAACAUUGACUGCUAGAAGCAGGCAGGAGGCCUUCUUCGCUGGGGGUGGGGGAUCUGACCAUACAGGAGCCUGUGUGAACUCAAUGGACCUCGCCUGCCUCGGUUGCUAACUGUGUGUGUUCGUGUGCAGUGAGAAGACACACCAAACCAGCACAGAUGUGUACACGGCAUUUAGCGUGUGCACCACCACUGUCAUAAGCACGCUCAUGUAUACACCUACUUACUGAAACAUUAUUGGGCAUCACAAGCCAGCCACUCACUGCCAAGUCAUGACUUAUCAUUCCAGUUCUACAUGUAUUUUAUUACUGCCACCUUGAGGAUGUCCUGAGUAACUGCAGACCAGUAGCGGGAUUCUAAUGGUUUCUGCACUCUUCAAGGAACUUCUUUUUUUUUUUUUUUUAUAAUGGGCUGAUAUCAGUGCUGAGACAUUGAUGAAAUAACUUUUUAUAGAGACGUUCCUGAUACUUGCUCUGCCUUUUUAUUUUACUUGCUUUUAGUCAGCCAUCAUUUAAAAUACAAUUAUUAUUUACUAUCCUAAUGAUACGGUAAUGCACAGGUUUGCAACAGGUGGAUAAAGUCCCACCAGCACUAUUCCACAUGAAUACAUUUGGCACAGGAUAGUGUCGCCAAUAUUGGGUAUUUAAUUUUAAUUUUAUUGACAGGUCUUGUAUGCUUGUCGUAAUCAAGUUGUUACUUGAUUGUUUUUUUUUUCUUUGUUUUUGAAGAUGCUGGGGAAAAUAUUACACCAACACCGACUCUAGAUGAUGAUAGAAUAUUUGAAAAGUAGUUUGACAAAGUGAGGAAUGUAUAAAGGAUAGGCAUUGGUACUGUACUGUAUAGAAUGCAAAGUAAACGAUGUAACGAUAGAGAAUUGUUGAUUCCUGCAUCGUCAGCCCAUAGAUAUGUCGUCAAAAUGGAUAGAUGUAGAGUAGUGAAGGUCAGUGGAACGUCGUAUGGCAAAAGGUGUUUUGUCUUUUGGAAACUUUGGGUGAGCUCUGUGAGUGCUUGUCGAAUUUUAAUUUGCUUCGGAUUGAGAGUGACUACGAAUUUUUACAGUAAUGCACAAUUUUUUUUGUGUACAAUUUUGAUGCUUUAUUUUACAAUCAUGUCUCGUCGUAUUUAGUUAUAACCAGCACAGAAAGAGCAAGUUAUGCAGAGUUGUAUUUUUGUAUCUAGUAGUCUUGCAGAACAGUAACAUAUCUUAACACUGGUUUAUGUUUUCUUAACAGGUAGUGCUGCUAGCACAAACACAAAGACACACACUCUGACUUUCUCAGGUUCUUUUACGGACGUCCGAAACUUUCGGGCACAGUUUGCACAUCUCUUGGCUACUAACUGACCACAUCACUACUCUUUCAGGUUUUCUUUUCAAACUGUUCCACCCAUGGUCAUAUCAUUGAUCACUGUCUACUGUCAUCCCUAUUUAUCAACAAUAUGUUACUGUAGUCAUUACUGUCUAAAGAUAACUGCCUGUAUGAACUAUUUUUGUCAGCUACUUUUGAUUGCAAGAUGUCAAACACAAUGUAGAUCAUAUAUAAUUGUCUGCUUGACUAAGCACUGUGUGAAUUUUCUAUUUGAUGACUCAUAUCUGGUAUCAGUGGUGCAUACAAUGCAAUGAAAGCUCCAAAUACUUUAGGCCUAGAGGUUUACAAUUUAAAUAAUGACUGCUUUAAUCCCAUCACACUUGAUAAAAACCACUGUACGCAUUUUUCAUGAGCUAACCAGGUUUUUAGUACAUUUCAAUCUUGAAACAUAAAACUGAAGUCAGAUGUUAAACUUUAAGAAGCUUCACUGUUUUCAAACCAAUGUUGCGUAAUUCAUCAUAUAAAUCAAAUAACACACAUGUUCCUGUGUCACAUUUGUUAUUUGGCAUGUGGAAAUGAACGCUAGAAUAAACACAAUCAUGGCAUACGUAUGUAUGGUUGCUGGCAUUGGUGUCCUAUUAUUGUGUUACACCAAUUAAAUAAAAAGCAGCUUUUUGAGAA